AUGAAAUCCAAAGCACCAACUUUUAAAGUUACUAUUACAAAACAUAACUCUACAAUAAAGAAAAGUUCAAAAAAGAAGACUACUUUAAGUCCAAAAAAGAUAAUCCAAAGCUCAGGAUAUAGGAAACAUGAAGGAGUAAACCUCUACAUGUCAAAGUCUUACCCAACUUCAAUCCCCGACCCACCGCAGUCGUUAAUAUCUUAUCUAAAAAAAAAGUUAACCAACGUUGAUGCAAAUGAAAUAGUGGGAACACUAAUAUCUUCCAACGAGCUGGAUUCAAGACCCAAAAAAAACAAACCCAAAAGACAAAUAAAUGAUUUUAUAGCUUUCAGAAGUUAUUAUUCCAGAAUAUUGAAUGGCCUUGUUUCUCAAACAGAGUUAUCUUCAAUAAUAUCCAAACAUUGGACUGUUGAUAAACAGACCAGAAAGAUGUGGGAAAUUAUUGCACAAGAAUAUAAUUGUGAUAGGACAAAUAAUAAUUUUUUUGAAUGGUUGAGAAAUAAUUAUGUUAUUAAUAAGGACUGGCUUUUUGAAAUAAUCAAAUUUGAUGAUUACAUGGUUUUAAAAUCACAAAAACCAUAUAUUGAAAAUAUAUAUAAAACUGGUCACAAACAAGUUUUGGAUUUCUCCAGUGAAGUAAAAGAGUCAGAAGGAAAUGGAAACAAUCAAAUAGACUUCUUUGUCGACCCAAUAUUUUUGGAUUAUGAAUUAUCAACUGAAAACUACGACAAAUUCAACCUUGCAUUUCCUGACACUCAAACACUAGUAAAUACCAUUUAA